AUGGCAUUAUUGGAACGGAUGUGGUUGGCAACAUUAUUACUUAUUCUUGCUGCAUUUCAAUUUUACAUCUUUUUUACCGUUAUCAAAUGUUGCUUAUAUUUGCAGGAAUAUCAGAAUGAACGAUUGCGACGAAUUAGACAAUUUGAGGAAUGCAGUAAAAGGGUACGAGAUGCAAAGCGCAACGGUCUUUGGCGAUAUACCAGUUGGGGUGGUAGCUUUCAGCAGUAUGUUGGUGAAUACGAUAAUGAUAAAAAUAAGUUAAAAAAACGUGACAAACCACCAGGACAUGUUCAGUGGAAUUUGCAAGCAAAUACAGAAUUGGAUGAGCCAAAGGAUACAUCUAAUUCUGUUGAAAUAUCAAAACAAUUAAAAACGAUAAGAAAUGAUAAACAAGAUAGGCAAUCUAACGUUAUUCGAAGUAUUAGUGCAAAUGAUAAUCAAUCAAAGUUUUAUUAUAAUGAUCAUGUGGAAAGGAUUAGUCGAUCAUUACUUUCACUAAACAAGGAAAAAGUUGACAAACAAUUCCCAAAAAGUUGUACCAGUACAACCAGUAAAACCUAUGGUUACAACUAUUUCGGUAGCAAUGAAAACACCUACUAUUACUACCACUACUCUACCAAUUAAAAGAAGAGAAUCAUUCAGUGAUACUAGACCACAAUUAUUUCAUGUUUUAGAAUGAUUCGACCUUAAAAUGUGUGAAAUAAAAAAGUAUUGAAG